AUGCCAGCCCUUAACAUGGAACAACAGCAUGCUCCUGAUGAAGUCAGAGUAUUAGAACAGCUUCGCGCCCAGCUUCAUACCUUGUGCGGAGCUUCACAUACCAUGAUCAUGAAAUUGCAAUACGGCACGGAUCAAGACUCCCUACCGCCAUGGCCUGUUGUGCAAUCUUCGAUCAAUGAUAUCGCUCGGAACCUCCAGACGAUCCAGACGAUCAUGGCCAGCUCCGUACGGUCCAAAAACGCGGAUUCCAACGAGUCCAAGGAGUCAAAUAUAGACUUUCUUCAGUCCGCGCAUGUUCAUACGCUUCCAAACUUCCCAGCCUCUGCGCAGCGAGACUUGUUGUAUACUAUGUUGCGGAAAAAGCUGGAUAAUCCUGUCGAAGAUUGGUUCUCUGAUAUCACAAAUACCACCAAUUCGGUGUCGGAUGAAAACCUCGAUAACGUACAGCUACGUGAACUUUGGAACUGGGCUCCCGUAAAAAGUAAUAAGAUUGCGAGGACGCAGCUGGGCCUAAUUGGCGUGGACGAGAGUGAAGACGAGGGCGAAACUGAGGAUGAGAAUGGGGACGAAGAUGAAGACCACUUCGAAGAUAGCUUGGAGGAUGGCAAGGUGACUGAAGCCAAAGAAGACAAGAUGCAGGGGGUGCAGACUGAAGAUAGGCGGGGAAGCGAUAUGCUACAAGAACAACAACAGAGGAGAGCCAGUAUAGCUGAACACGAGCCAGGCAUACAUGCGAGGAAGAUGAUGGACCUGAUCCAGAUUUUGCCAUUCUCUCUGACCGGUACUCUUGGUAGCGCGCCCUCUAUGCCGACCUUGUCAAGAAAGUGA